ACCCAUUGAUUAAUUGCCGUGACUCUGCGAUUCAAGAAAUAUUAUAAUUUUCACUUCCAAUUGAAAUGGUACAAAAUCAAAACAACACAAACCAUAGUUUGUCAAACUCACGUGGUGAUAAAAAAAUGGAGAAUAACGUGACAAAAGAACCCAACACCAACGAGACAGAAGAACUUUCGGAGGAAGAUCGUCAAAUGAAGGAGGAGUUUGACCUCUUGGCGGAAAGAGUACAAGAUCCCGACCUUGCUGUGCAAAAACUUGCCUUGGAGACCUUAAAGUCAGAAAUUCGAUCGUCUACUUCUUCCAUGACUUCACUUCCGAAGCCUUUGAAGUUUAUGAGUGAACACUAUGAGCCACUCAAGACCUUUUUCCAAACUAUGGUCGACGGGGAAAAUAAGAGAGCGUUAGCAGAUAUUCUCUCAGUGCUUUCCAUGACUAUGGCCCCUGAAGACUCUUUAGAUUGUCUUCAUUAUAAACUUUUAGGAACUCAGGAAAACCCCGAAUCGUGGGGUCACGAGUACGUACGACAUUUGGCAGGGGAAAUAAGCCAAGAGUACGAGAAGAGGAUUCUAGCUGAAGGACAAGAUAGUGGAAUGGAAGAUAUUAUGUCAAUGGUUAAGCAAAUUGUUCCCUUUUUGCUUUCUUCGAAUGCAGAACCAGAAGCUUGCGAUUUGUUGUAUGAAGUGGACCAUUUGAAAAGUUUGGUUGAUUACGCUGAAGAAGCCAAUUUUGAGAGAAUCUGUCUUUAUCUCCUUUCUUCAGCCGAUUAUGUUCCAGAACCCGAUGUCUUUGAUAUCUUGCAAGUCGCUUGCUCGAUAUAUCGUAAACUGGGAAGAUCGACGCAAGCAAUGAGGGUUGCAAUUCGACUCGGAGAUAUGGAGUUGAUGAGUAAUAUAUACCAAAGUGAUCCUGAAAAGGAUGCGUUAGGAAACGUUGUUGCAGUAAGAACUCAGUUGGCCUUGGAUUUGGCUAGUCGAAAUAUAUUCCUCGAAGAAGAAACCAACGAAGAUUUGAAGAAUUGGAUGGGAAAUACUCGUCUGUAUGAGUUUUAUUUAUCUUUGGCAAAGGACUUGGACGUUAUGGAACCAAAGACUCCUGAAGAUAUCUAUAAAAGUCACUUGACGGACGGUAUAGGCCGAUUGGGUUUGAAUAGCAAUUUGGAUUCCGCUCGGCAGAACUUGGCAGCAACGUUUGUCAACGCUUUCGCAAAUCUUGGCUUUGGAAAGGACAAGUUACUAAUGGAUGAAGAGAGUCGUUGGGUAUUUAGGAACAAAGACCACGGAAUGAUGAGCGCUACAGCUUCCUAUGGUGCCCUUAUGCUAUGGGAUAUUGAUAGUGGUUUGGCAGAGUUGGACAAGUACAUGUACGCCUCAGAAGAGUAUGUUCAAGCUGGCGCUCUUUUGGGAAUCGGAAUUGUAUCUUCCGGUAUUCGAAGUGAAGUUGAUCCAGCACUUGCUCUUUUGAGCGAACAUGUAGAGAAUCCUCGUUCCUCUUCCAUUCGAAUUGGUGCUAUUUUGGGUUUAGGAUUUGCCUAUGCGGGGACAUGUCGAAUGGAAAUCCAAGAACUUCUUAUCCCUAUUGUUGCGGAUGCAUCUGCUCCAUUGGAUACGUUAUGUUUUGCCGCACUUAGCUUAGGUCUGGUCUUUCAAGGUUCAGCGGAUGAAGAAUUGGUAUCCACUUUGAUUCAGGCACUUUUAGAUAGGGACUUGGCAAGUUGGGAAAAUGAAUCAAUGAUUCGCUUACUUCCCUUGUCACUUGCAAUGUUAUACACCGGAAGAAGAAAUGGUACGGAUGCAGUCAUUGAAGCCAUUCAAGCACAAAUUCCUGGUGCACCUGGAAGAGUUGCUGCUAGGCUUGUUUCAAUUUUCAGUUCAGCUGGAAGUGGAGAUGUGUUAAAGGUGCAAGAAUAUCUUAAUAUGUGUGGACUGCAUCCUUCUCAUUUGGAAGGUGCAGAUGAAGAAGCAACCACAACGGAAGAGAUGUCUUCUGGGAAUAUUGCAUCAUCAACCAAUCAUGAAGACCAUACAUCUUCGUCUCCCGAAACUCAGUCAGAACGCCUACCAAAAGAUAAAAAAGACGAAAAAGAGUUGGUAGAUGAGCAAACAGCAGCUUGUUUAGGCAUCGCAGCAAUUGCUAUGAGGGAAGAUAUUGGAACAGAAAUGGCGUUCCGUCUCUAUGGUCAUUUGUUGCAAUAUGGAGAUGCAGCUGUUCGAAGAAUUGUACCUUUAUCUUUGGGUCUUUUAUCGGUUUCUUAUCCACGUUUACAGGUUAUGGACCUACUAUCCAAGUUAACCCAUGAUAACGAUAGAGAAGUUGCUUAUGCAGCUAUAAUGGCAUUGGGUUUUAUUGGAGCAGGAACCAAUCACGCUAGAAUAGCUUCUUUGUUGAGACAACUUUCUGCUUUCUACGUUAAAGACUCUUCUGGUUUGUUUGCUGUUCGUAUAGCCCAAGGCAUUCUUCAUAUGGGAAAGGGACUGAUAACGCUAUCACCAAUGGACAAUGAACGCUUUUCUAUAUAUCCUAAUGCUUUUUGUGGUUUGUUUACGAUUAUCUAUUUGUGUUGUGUUUCACAACAUACUCUUUUGAAUAAGCAUCACUACUUGUUAUAUUUGUUAUUGUUGGCAGCUCGCCCUCGAAUGUUGUAUACAGUAGAUGAAGAAAUGAAGCCUUUAUUAGUUCCUGUACGUGUUGGACAAGCCGUGGAUAUUGUUGGGCAAGCGGGAAGACCUAAAAGUAUUACUGGUUUCCAAACACAUACUACUCCUGUUCUUAUUGCAGGAGGUGAAAGGGCAGAACUUGCUACUGAGGAAUAUAUACCCGUUGCCCCCAGUUUGGAAGGAUUGGUAGUACUUGUGAAGAAUCCGCAUUAUGUGAAAAUGGAAGAUAUGUAGUGUUAUUCAUGGAAAAGGAUAUGAUAUUAAGAUGAAUAAUAAACAAGACAGUUGUUGGAAACCAAUGAAACGGCAUUAUUCCAU